GUGAGGAGCAGAAGUUGCUGUCGACCACGUCUCCUGGAACCUGUGCUUAGUCAGUAAAAAACCGCUCCAGCUCAGCGAUAUCAAACACGUUUAAAUAUCAUUAAAGAAGAUGCGACACGGGGGAACAGGGAACUAAGCAAACCAGAGUACAGCAGUGCUUUUGCCUCAAACGUUACAGGAUAUUCAGUUAUGCAAAGCGAGAAGUCGGAACCGAGUGAACCCAAGGGCACCGAGUGUCCGAGCACAGGCGACACCGAGAAGAAGGCGCUGAGCGCCGUGGACACGGAGGCUCCCAAGCCUAAGGGGAUAAGUGCGGUCGCGGUGCUCUGGACAUUUGGGAAAUGUCUGGGCGCCUUGCUGCCCGUCUACCUGGCGGGUUACUACCGGGUAAGUACCAGCCUUUUGGUGUGCGGGAUGAUGGUCUACACAGGAUGGAAACAUGCCCGAAUAGCCAAGGAGGAGCGCCUGAAGUCAGCCAUACAGCUGCUCGACAACGAGGAGGAGUACGCAUCCAGAAAGGUGUCCAAAAUCAAGCGAGACCUCCCUGCGUGGGUCAACUUUCCAGAUGUUGAGAAGGUUGAGUGGCUGAAUAAGGUGCUGCAGCAGGUGUGGCCCUUUGUCGGCCAAUACCUCGAGAAGCUGCUGGUGGAAACCAUCGCUCCAUCUAUCCGAGCCUCAAGCGCCCACCUCCAGACCCUCAGCUUCACAAAAGUGGACAUGGGUGACAAGGCCAUGAAGGUUGUAGGGAUCAAGGCACACACAGAGAAUGACAAGGGACAAGUCCUGCUAGAUCUGUAUAUCAGCUAUGUUGGCAAUGUAGAGAUCAAUGUUGAGGUGAAAAGAUACUUCUGCAAAGCCGGAGUCAAAGGAAUACAGCUAAAUGGGAUGAUGAGGGUGAUUCUGGAGCCUCUGAUUGGAGAUGUGCCUAUAGUGGGUGCAGUCACCAUGUUUUUCAUCCAGAGGCCCAAACUAGACAUCAAUUGGACUGGACUGACUAAUUUGUUGGACAUUCCAGGUCUGAAUGUCAUGUCAGACAGCAUGAUUAUGGAUGCCAUUGCCUCCUUCUUGGUUUUGCCCAACCGCCUGGUUGUCCCCCUGGUCCCUGGCCUGCAUGUGGCCCAGCUGCGCUCUCCUUUGCCCAGGGGUGUGGUACGCAUCCACCUACUGGAGGCACAGAAACUAGCAUCAAAGGACAACUAUGUGAAAGGGGUCAUGGCUGGCUUGUCUGACCCCUAUGCCAUUUUGAGGGUGGGCCCUCAGACCUUCACCUCCCAACACAUUGACAACACGGACUCUCCCAAGUGGGGGGAAAUGUAUGAGGUUAUAGUCCAUGAAGUGCCUGGUCAAGAGUUGGAGGUGGAGGUAUAUGACAAAGACCCAGACCAGGAUGAUUUCCUGGGCAGGACCAAACUGGAUUUGGGCAUUGUGAAGAAAUCUGUAGUUGUCGAUGACUGGUUCACUUUGAAAGACACUUCAUCAGGACGAGUUCAUUUCAGAUUGGAGUGGUUGGCCUUGCUGCCUAACACUGAUCAGCUAGAGCAGGUCCUAAAGAGGAAUGAGAGUGUGACUAGUAAGACUGCUGAUCCACCUUCUUCAGCCAUCUUGGUUGUAUAUCUGGACAAGGCUGAGGCACUUCCCAUGAAAAAAGGAAACAAAGAGCCCAAUCCCAUGGUGCAAUUGUCUGUGCAGGACGUCACCAGAGAGAGCAAGACUUGUUACACAACCAUUAAUCCAGAGUGGGAGGAGGCUUUUACCUUCUUCAUCCACAAUCCACUCAAACAGGACAUAGACAUUCAGGUGAAGGAUGCUGAUCGUGUGCAGACACUGGGCAGUUUGACUAUUCCUUUGUCCCGCCUGCUGUCCAGUUCCAGUCUUUCUCUGGACCAGUGGUUCCAGUUGGACAAAUCUGGACCUGCAAGCCGCAUCUAUGUCAAUACAGUUCUCAGGGUCCUGUGGUUAGAUGAGGAACGUAUCCCAGCUGAUGUGUCAUCUGGUCUGACGGCUGGACAACAGCUGCCCCAACAGACCUCCCCUCAUCCUAGCUUUGCCACAGAGGGACUGCUUAGAAUUCACCUGUUGGCAGGCCAGAAUCUUGUUCCGAAAGAUAACUUGAUGGGAGGCAUGGUGAAAGGCAAGAGUGACCCCUAUGUCAAGAUCAGCAUCGGGGGAGAAACGUUCACAAGUCAUGUGAUCAAGGGCAAUCUUAACCCCACAUGGAAUGAGAUGUAUGAGGUGAUCUUAACCCAACUACCAGGCCAGGAUCUGCUUAUGGAGGUGUUUGAUAAAGACAUGGACAUGAAGGAUGACUUCAUGGGCAGGCUGAAGAUUAGUCUGAAGGACAUCAUUGAUUCUCAGUACGCUGAUCAGUGGUACACUCUCAGUGAUGUGAAGUCUGGUCGCAUUCAUCUGGUACUGGAAUGGGUUCCAACAGCCUCGGAGUCAGACAGAUUGGACCAGGUUCUUCAGUUCUACUCCAAACAGUCCUACCAGAACAAGGCGGUUCCCUCAGCAGCCCUACUGUUUGUGUAUAUCGAGCAAGCAUAUGGCUUACCGGUAAAGAAGAGUGGAAAAGAUCCAAAAGUGGGAGCAGAGCUUACACUUCGAGAAACAUCUCGCAAAACGACAGUGUGUGAUCGCACCACAGCACCUCAGUGGAAUGAGGCAUUCUGCUUCCUGGUUCGAGACCCCAGAGACGAAAUUCUUGUUAUUAAGUUCUCACACAGCUGGACCCUGCCCAUUGGUUCCCUGGUGGUUCCUGUUAGAGAGCUGCUGUCUGAACCAGAACUGGUCCUGGACCAGUGGUUCCAUCUGGAUGGAGCCUCCCCUGAGAGCCAGGUUCUUCUGAGGGCUGAACUUAAGAUGCUGAUUCCUAGCAAAUGUCCUGGUGCCACUGAAAAGGCUAAAGUCACUUCAGCGACAGAUCCCACCCCUGCUCAGCGAAAACAGGAGACAGACACAGUGCAGAGGUCAAGUUCAGUGGACACUCCCCCUGUGGAGACGGUUGUCUCUUCAGUGACUUCGCAUGGAGAUGCUGACGUAAAAGAAACGGCAGCUGAUGUGGUUGAAGAGAAUGUGGAAGAAUUGCCAAGCCCUGCCAUUACACAGCCUCCUCAUACUUCUCCAGACCUCAGCUUUGCCAGUGAGGGGCUGCUGAGAAUCAUCCUGUUGGAGGCUCAGAGUCUGGUUGCCAAAGAUAAUAAGAUGGGCGGUAUGGUGAAGGGUAAAAGUGACCCCUAUGCCAAGAUCAAUGUCGGAGAGGUCGCCUUUAAGAGUAACGUGAUUAAGGAGAAUCUCAACCCGGUCUGGAAUGAGAUGUAUGAGGUGGUGAUGAGGCCUCAGUCAGGACAGGAGGUGCAAGUAGAGCUGUAUGACAAAGACAUGGACAAAGAUGACUUCCUGGGCAGAUUCAAAAUCAGUGUGGCAGACAUCAUUCGUUCCCAGUACACAGACCAGUGGUACACCCUGAAUGACGUGAAGUCUGGACGUGUUCGUCUGAUAUCAGAGUGGGUUCCAGCAGUGUCCUGUAAUGACAAACUGGACCAAGUGAUGCAGCUGCAGUCUCUCCAAUCUUACCGGAACAAGGCCGUUCCCUCUGCAGCCCUGCUCUUUGUUUAUCUGGACAGAGCACACUCAUUGCCUUUUAAGAAAAGUGGAAAAGAGCCCAAGGCUGGGGCCGAGCUUGUAUUUGGUAACACAACCUACAAAACCAAGAUGUGUGAUCGCUCCAGAUCACCUCAGUGGAAUGAAGCAUUCUACUUUUUGGUUCGGGACCCCGGACAGGAGAUGCUCAUAGUGAAGUUGUCAAGUGCCUGGGACCAGCCAAUGGGAUCUUUGGUAGUUCCUGUGAGAGAGCUGCUCUCUGAACCGCAGCUGGUCCUGGACAGGUGGAUGCAUCUGGAUGGAGCUUUACCCGAAAGUGAGAUCCUGCUGAGGGCUGAACUCAAGAUCCUUAACUCAAAGAUGACUGAAGCUCCACAACCUUCUGUAACAAAGGAAGAGAUGGUCCCCACCUCUGACAAGUCAUUCAAAGCAGCUAGGGAAGAGGAAAAAAUCUCUGAGCUGCCAAUGCAUGAGUCUGUUGUAGAGCCCAACCAGCCUAAACAACCUGAAGCAGCAGAAGCACAUGCUGAAGCCGCUCCUGAAAAGCCUACACCCGCUGAACCAGCUGCCAUUCACACUGCACCUGACACAGUCCGUGCUGCUGCACAGGUUAAAGAACCAACAGAUGCAAAGGAGCAUCCCACACAGUCAGACACAGCAAUUAAAGGAGUCCUUGAACCAAAGCAAAUAAAAACAGAGGGUACUGGUCUAGAUGACCUUGCCCACGCCACAGUGACCGGCCUUCCUGCUGAAACCCUGGGGCCAGCGGAGCUCAAAGAGAUCCCCAAACCUGCUGAAGUUCUUCCACCACACACCAGCCACAGCAAGGACUUUGGUAAAGAGGGGCUGCUGAGGAUUCACCUGCUGGAGGCCCGGAAUCUGAUUGCCAAGGACAACCUGAUGGGGGGCAUGGUGAAGGGCAAGAGCGACCCCUAUGUCAAAAUCUUCAUAGGUGGGGUUACAUUUAAGAGUCACGUUAUAAAGGAGAAUCUCAACCCAACAUGGAAUGAAAUGUAUGAGGUGGUUUUGAGUGGUAACGGUGUCCAGGAGAUCAAGUUUGAAGCAUUUGAUAAAGACAUAGACUCUGAUGACUUCCUUGGCAGAUUCAAUGUGAAGCUAAAUGAAGUCAUCAGAUCACAGUACACAGAUCAGUGGUACACUCUGAAUGACGUCAAGUCCGGGCAGAUUCACCUGAUACUGGAAUGGGUUCCCACAGUGUCAAAUUCAAUCAGACUUGACCAGGUGCUGCAGCUUCAGUCUCUCCAGUCUUAUCAGAACAAAGCUGUCCCCUCUGCUGCUCUGCUCUUUGUCCAUGUGGAGGGAGCACAUUCAUUACCUUUGAAGAAAAGUGGAAAGGAACCCAAAGCCGGAGCUGAGCUUGUUCUGGGUGAAACAACAUACAAAACCAAAGUGUGUGACCGUGGAACCAGUCCUCAGUGGAAUGAGUCUUUCUACUUCCUGGUCCGUGACCCUAAACAUCAGAUGCUUGUAGUAAAGUUGUCGAGUGGUUGGGACCAGCCAAUGGGAUCUGUGGUGGUUCCUGUCAAGGAGCUCCUUGCAGCACCACAACUGGUCCUGGACCAGUGGUUCCAUCUAGAUGGAGCUGCACCUAAGAGUCAGAUUUUGCUGAGGGCUGAACUCAAAAUUCUGGAUUCCAAAAUGGUGGAUAUUAUCAGUGCAGGGACUCUGCCCUGUGCUGCCUCUGACUGUGGUUCUGGAAAUGGACAGGUGAAGUUAUCCCUGUCGUACUCAUCGCAGGGGAGAAAGCUCAUCGUUGUCGUCCACGCUUGCAGAGGUCUAUUGUCUCAAAGUAAGGAUGGUGUAGACAGCUAUGUCUCCCUCAUGCUGCUGCCAGAUAAAAGCAAGGCCACCAAGAGGAAGACAGCUGUGAAGAAAAAGGACCUCAAACCAGAAUACAAUGAGAGGUUUGAGUAUGAUCUGCCCAUGGAGGAGACGAGAUUUAGGCGCCUCAGCGUAUCAGUGAAGAAUAACUCUGCUUCGUUCAGGAGCCGUGACGUCAUUGGACAGGUGCAGAUUGAGUUGGCUCAAGUUGACCUGAUUUCUGGUGUCACAGAAUGGUUCACUCUCAGAGAUGAAGAUGAAUAGUCGCUAUGCUUGCUGGUGACGUUGUACAAUGAAGAUGAUGAUGGCACUGUGCCAUUGCUGCAACUCACUCUGAUGCCUUCCCACAUCUGCAUACGGUGCCACUGUGGCAGCCUUACCUGCAUCCACCCAGCUCUCUGUGUAUCAACAUUUAAUAUAGAAGUGGACCGCACCACUGUAUAUGCAUAUACAUCAAUACUCUCACCAAAGAAUAAUAGGAUGAAGUAGCUGUGUGGACAAAGAUAAGUUAGUUUUGACUGAAGGUCACUUUACUAUGUGAAGAAAUAAUAGUUUUAAGAUGGAGUGGAGGAAGUGGAAGAUGCACACGCCCAGAAAGAAUGAAGUCAUAUUUGUUUUUGCUUUUUUGCUCGUUUAUUGCUGCAAUAAUGUUUCACAUCUGAGAGCAUCUUGUUUGAAGAACAGUAACAUUUUUACACUAUAGUUUUUUUUUCUUGUAUUGCUCAUGAAUGCUAAUGCCAUUUCAGUAUUUUGGAUCUGUUGCAUAACAGGCUUACAUCUGAGUUAUUUUAUAUUUUACAGCACUUUCCUUCAUUUGUGUUAGAAAUUGCUUAUGAAAAAACGCUUUUUUUAAAAUGAGAAUUUCUUUUCUACAAGAUAGAUAUUUGUUACACCUGUGUUACAAGUAAAUCAUGGUAAAUUUGAUUUUGUGUAUAUUUGCAAAGAUUAUGGAUCAGGUCAGAUACUGUGUUGAAAGAUAAAAAAUAAACAGAUUUUGCACAUCUCA